AUGCCGAACAGUCCUAACACUAUGAUAAUGAUGAUGGAUAAUAAAUGUAAUUCUAAUAAUAAGAAAUUCUCCUUCUCAAAUAUAUAUGCAAAUAAAAAUAAUAAUGAUGAUAAUACAAAUACUUGGAAUUAUACAAUGAAGUAUAAAUUUUCUUCAAAAAGCAAUAGUAAUAAUCAUUUACCAACUACUCCAACAAGGUCAUCAGGUGGAUAUAUUACACCUUUAACAACAUCACCUUCUCAAAGACAUAAAUCAUAUUCUCAUAAAAGAAAUGGAAGUAUCAGUGGUAAUAUGUUUAUAGUAACGCCACCUAAUGAUUCAUAUCAUGAGAAUGUUACUCCUGCAUCAUCUUUAUCAAAUACUCCAACUAAAAGAACAUCUAAUAAUAAUAAUCAAAAGAAAUCUUUAUCAGUAGUGGUACCUAAUGAUAUUGAUGACUUAAAUCCAAUAUUUUCACCUGGAUUUAAUGAAAUCAAUACAUUUACGAAUACAAAUAAUAAUAAUAGCAAUAUUAGUAGUGAUGAAGAUGAAGGUGUAUCAUCACAUAGUUAUACACAUGAAUUAUCACCAAAAUUGACUAUUCAAAAUACAAAUGAACAAAUAAGAAGAAAUUCUGUUGGUACAUAUAGUAGUUUAACAGAUUUUGUUAAACAAAAUCAUAUCAAUGUAGACGGUAGAAUUUUUGUUGAUAAACCACAAACACCAAAGAUAGAUUUAGAUAUUUAG